GUCCGCCGCCAGUAUACUGUACAGCUCAGGCAAAACCAGUUGAUUACAGAAAAUCCUACCCUUUCGGUUUAGCACUUGUACUACAAAAGGGAUGAGCCAGGCAUCACGGGAUUGUGCUGCUCACACUGCAUCGAGACAGCUGCUUCUUUAAGACGGAGGCAGGGUGCACCGCUGUUUAACCAUGGUGUUUGAGUCUCUGGUCAGCGAUUUAUUAAACAGGUUUAUAGGCGACUAUGUGGAAAAUCUUGACAAGUCUCAGCUGAAGAUUGGCAUUUGGGGAGGUAAUGUGGUUCUUGAAAACCUUAAAGUUAAAGAAAAUGCCUUGAGCGAGCUAGAUGUUCCCUUCAAAGUUAAGGCCGGGCAGAUUGGGAAGCUGACGCUGAAGAUUCCCUGGAAGAACCUGUACAGCGAGGCUGUGGUCGCGACGCUCGAGGGCCUCUAUCUGCUCGUCGUCCCGGGGGCAACCGUUAAGUAUGAUGCAGCUAAGGAGGAAAAGUACACACAAGAGGCCAAACAGAAAGAAUUGCUUCGGAUUGAAGAGGCCCUGCUGGCUGCAGCACAGAAAGGCUCUCAGUCAGGAGACUUCUUAUUCAAUCUGGAGAGCUAUGUGUACAAGGAACCAAAGCAUGGACGUAAGCAUAAAAAGUAUAAAAAACACUUUAAGAAAUCUAAGCGACAUGAUCACAAGCAAGAUAAAUCCAAAGAUGAAAAGAAGGACACAUUUGCUGAAAAGCUAGCAACACAAAUCAUCAAAAACCUGCAGGUCAAAAUAACCAGCAUUCAUAUCCGAUAUGAAGAUGAUAUUUCUGAUCCAAACCGGCCUAUCUCUAUGGGUGUCACUCUUGGAGAGCUCAGCUUACAGACCUCGGAUGAGAAUUGGAAGCCGUGCAUACUAAAUGAAACAGUCAAGAUCAUCUAUAAGCUCGUCCGUUUGGAAAGCCUGUGUGCCUACUGGAAUGUUAACAGCCAGAUAUUCUACCGAGGAUCCUGGGACAAUAUAUUGUGGAAGCUUAAAGAUGGAAUCAAUACAAAAAAAGACGAGCUCAAAGACCAUCAAUACAUUUUCAGACCCAUUUUUGCUUCGGCAAGGCUUUGCAUUGACCCCCAUGCUGAAAUUGAACUCAAGUCCCCAAAGGUCUGUCUGGAUUUGGCUGUGCAGAAUAUUGCCAUUGAAAUGACCAGGCCACAGUAUCUUUCUAUGGUGGACUUACUUGAAUCUAUCGACUGUAUGGUAAAGAAUGCCCCAUACAGGAAAUACAGGCCAGAUGCACCUGUUCACAGGAACGUCAAAAAAUGGUGGGGUUACUGCAUCACCAGUGUGCUGGAGGUUCAAAUUAGGAGAUGCAACCAGAUGUGGUCGUGGCGUCACAUCAAAAGGCACAGGCAGACUCUGAAGGUUUACAAAGCAGUCUACAAAAUGAAGCUAACCCAGAGCAAGCUCAAAGAUGACAUAGAAAAGCAAAUUCAGGACCUGGAGAGAAUCCUUGAUGUUUUCAAUAUAACCUUGGCCCGUCAGCAGGCACAAAUGGAGCUGGUCAGGUCUGGCCAGAAGCUGGUGGGAAAGAAGCAGAGUGGAGAGAAGCAGAGUGGAGGAGGGUUCUUCAGUGGGUUUUUUGGAAGGAAAGAAUCAAAGAAAAAAGUACAGGAGGAUUCCACAGAACUGGAAAGUAUUGAUGAGUUAAUGACUGCGGAAGAAAAGGCCAAACUCUACACUGCUAUCGGAUACAGUGGCAGCUCCCAUAAUCUUUCCUUACCCAAGCAGUAUGUGGCUGUAGUGAUAAUGUUCAAGCUCUUCAGCACGUCGGUCACUGUCCGAGAAAAGCCAGGUGUGCCAGAGAUACUGAAGGUGCAGAUGAUUGAUUUGAGCACCAGCAUUUCCCAGAGGCCUGGGGCUCAGGCUGUCAAAAUGGAGGCUAAACUGGAACACUGGUACGUAACAGGGCUCAAGCAGCACGACGUCGUCCCCUCCCUCGUGGCCUCUGUAGGCGACUCCAAGUCCUCGCUGCUUAGCAUCCUGUUUGAGUUGAACCCAGAGGGCAGCACAGCUGACCAGAUGCUGACGGUCCAGUCCCAACCUGUGGAGAUCAUCUACGAUGCUAUGACAGUGAACAGCCUGGCAGAGUUUUUCAAAACUGACAAAGGAGUAGAUCUGGAGGUUCUGACUUCUGCAACAUUGAUGAAAUUAGAAGAGAUCAAAGAGAAGACUGCAACAGGUCUCUCGCAUAUCAUUGAAACCCGUAAGGUGCUUGAUCUCCGAAUCGAUUUAAAACCCUCAAAGCUGUUGGUGCCGAGUUCAGGCUUCUACAGUGAGAAAUCGGAUCUAAUUAUCCUGGAUUUUGGCAGCUUGCAGCUGAACAGUGUAGAUCAAGGAACCUACAAACAGACAUCUGGAAGUUUCUCCUCCCUGGAAGAAAUCAUGGACAGGGCCUAUGAAAGAUACAGCUUGGAGCUCAGAAGCGUCCAGGUUGUUUUUUGCAAGUCAGGCGAGGACUGGAAAGCUGCUCUGUCACAGAGCUCAUCGAAGCAGCACAUUCUCCAGCCUAUGGACAUCAAGGUCCAGCUGGCAAAAGCCAUGGUGGACAAAGAUGCCCGAAUGGCCAAGUUUAAGGUUUCUGGAGAACUUCCCCUGAUGCAUGUAAGGACAUCAGACCAGAAAAUCCAAGAUGUGAUUAACCUUGUAAACAGCAUUCCCCUACCACAGACAGCCUCUGUGCCAACCAUCCCAGCUAAAAAUGUGCCGGCUAUCCCGCUGAUGGAAGCCAUUCCUGGCGUCCGCUUCGAGAAAGGGUUAGAUGCCACAGCUCUUCUAGAUGUUGGGGCAACAGAUUCUGAUGAGGAUACCAGUGAGCGAUCCGCAGGAGAGGACAGUCAGAGAACCCCUGUAGAGGAGCUCACUGACCUACAGUUCAAGUUUGAAGUCAAAGAGGUUUUGGUUGAACUUACAAGGCACGGCAUGCAAGAAAGCACGGUGCUAGCCCUGAACGUCUCACAGCUGGGUGCUGAAGGAAGCCUUCGAGCUUUUGAUUUGACUGUUACCUCCUACUUGAGAAAAAUUAGCUUGGAUUACUGUGAAAUAAAAGAUGUCCAAAAUCAGCCCCUUCAUUUAAUUAGCUCUUCAGACAAACCUGGUUCUGACCUUUUGAAAGUUGAAUACAUCAAGGCUAACCCUUCCGGACCCAACUUUCAAACUGUGUUUGAUAGUACUGAGCAGUCACUAAAGGUGGCCUUGUCAUCUCUUGACUUCCUCCUGCAUACCAAAGCCCUGCUGUCCACGAUUAACUAUCUCACUGCCGCCAUUCCUCCGAGCCUCCCUGCUUCUGGAGAGACCGAGCCCAAAAAGCAUGCAGAGAAAGAGACGUCGGGCAAAAGAGUGUCAAAAGGAUCAAAGGACAAGGACAUCUAUAAUUUCAAGGUCUUUGCAGUGCUGGGCUCCUUCCACGUUGGGGUUUGUGAUGAUAGACGAAGUAUAGCUGACAUCAGAAUUCAAGGCAUAGAUGCAUCAAUGUUUGUCCAAGCAAAUGAGACCCAACUUUUUGCAAGACUUAGGGACAUUGUUGUGAUAGAUGUCGACCCGAAAACCAUUCACAAAAAGGCUGUCUCCAUUGUGGGAGAGGAAGUGUUCAGCUUCCAAAUGUGGCUGUAUCCAAAUGCCACAGAAGGCGAUGGGUAUGCUGACACCUCAAAGGCUGAUGGGAAGGUGACUCUGAAGCUGGGCUGCAUUCAGAUUUUCUAUCUGCACAAGUUCCUGAUGUCGCUCUUAGACCUUCUUAGCUAUCAGUACUCCUCGCCUCACCAGAAAUUCGUCGAUAAUUUCCAAACUGCGAAGGAGGCCUUGUCUGCGGCCACAGCCCAGGCUGCUGAAAAGGCAGCCUCCAGUGUGAGGGAUCUGGCCCAGAAGAGCUUCCGCCUCCUGAUGGACAUCAGGCUGAAGGCCCCAGUCAUCAUCAUACCUCAGUCCUCCACAUCCCAGAAUGCCUUGGAGGUUGACCUGGGUCUGAUCACCGUGCAGAACAAGUUCUGCCUUCAUCCUGUGGGGGGCUGCACCCUGCCAGCUGUCAUUGACCAAAUGGACGUCCAGCUCACACAGCUGAAGCUGUCCAGGACUGUCCUGAGAGGAGAUUCUUCUCAGCCAGAUAUAGAGAUUUUGCAGCCUGUCAACCUCCAGCUGGACGUGAUGCGCAAUCUGGCUGCUUCCUGGUACAGUGAGAUCCCAGGGGUGAAGAUCCAGGGUAGCCUGAAGGCUAUGAAUGUUGCUUUGGGCGAGGAUGAUUUCGCAGUUCUAAUGAAAAUCCUUGUUGAAAACCUUGGUGAAGGCAGUAAGGAGCUGAGCGCGUGUGACGUGAAAAAAACAGAAUUCGCAGCUAAAGGAAAAGACACCCAUGUGGCGGAGAGCUCUUUGGCAGCUGAGGUGGGGAGUGAGCCGGCCAGUGUCGGAGGAAGCAUCAGUGAAACCACUCUUAACGUGCUCUUCAACUUUGAAAUCAAGGAGGUACUGGUGAAACUUAAAAAGCGAAAAAACCAGAAGGAAUGUCCUUUCCUUGUGCUCCAAGUAUCCCAGGUUGGAAUUGAGACCAAAAUAAGAAACUAUGACAUGUGUGCUACAACCUACCUCAGGAAGAUCAGUAUGAAGUGCCUUGAGUUUACAGAUUCUAAUGGUGAACCUCUUCAUCUAAUCAGUUCAUAUGAUGAAUCCGGUACAGAACUUCUAAAAGUGCAGUACAUCAAGGCUGACAGGAACGGGCCAAGCUUUGAAACCAUUCACAAGAAAACAGAGCAGAUGAUCGAUGUGACCUUCACAUCUCUUGACCUGAUGCUGCACACAGAAUCGCUGCUUUCCGCCAUUAAUUUCCUCUCCACUGCCUUGUCUGCACGAAACCUGACCUCCUCUGACAGAGAGCCCACAGUGACUCCUGGAACAGGGGAAGAAAUCAAAAUCUAUGAAGCCCAGACAACAUCUCUCAGUUUACAAUCUGAUGAUGAUGUGAUUGACCUCAAAGUUGACACCAGGCUUGGUGCCUUCAAUGUGCUUGUGUGCGAUGAAAAAUGUAGCAUCGCAGACAUUAAGAUUCGGGGUUUUGAUGGGUCUUUACUGAUGAAGUCGACACAAACACGCAUUUCUGCCCGGCUCAGAGAUUUUAUCGUCACUGACGCUGACUCAAAUACUGUUCAUAAAAAGGCUAUCUCUAUUGUGGGAGAUGAAGUGUUCAGCUUCACAAUGGGGCUGUAUCCCAAUGCUACCGAGGGAGCUGGGUACACAGACACCUCCAAGUUUGAUGGAAAUGUGAAUCUGAGAGUGGGCUGCAUUCAAAUGAUCUAUCUGCACAAAUUUGUGAUGUCGCUGCUGAAUUUUUCUAACAACUUCCAAACUGCAAAGGAGGCCUUGUCUGCGGCCACAGCCCAGGCUGCUGAAAAGGCAGCCUCCAGCGUGAGGGAUCUGGCCCAGAAGAGCUUCCGCCUCCUGAUGGACAUCAGGCUGAAGGCCCCAGUCAUCAUCAUACCUCAGUCCUCCACAUCCCAGAAUGCCUUGGAGGUUGACCUGGGUCUGAUCACCGUGCAGAACAAGUUCUGCCUUCUCUCUGCUGAGGGAUACCCGCUGCCAGCUGUCAUUGACCAUAUGGAUAUGCAGUUGACCCAAAUGAAACUGUCCAGAAUUUAUGUGCAGGAAGGCUCCGUUCAGCCGAGUACUGAGCUUCUGCAACCUGUCAACUUCCUGCUGUCAGUCAAGAGAAACCUCGCAGCUCCCUGGUUUGACAAAAUGCCAGCAGUUGAAAUUGAUGGAGAUCUAAAACCUAUGAAGGUUGCUCUGAGUCAGGAUGACCUCUCUGUGCUAUUAAAGAUUUUGCUGGAAAAUUUUGGAGAGGCAGCCAGUCUACAGGCUGAGACCCAGGUUUCUGCAGUUGCUGUGCAAAAGCAUGAGGCAGCACAGACUGGACCAGACAUUGUUGAUGGAGGCAUCGAGAAGCAGAAAGAUGUAUCUAAAAAGCAGGAUUCUAAAGAUCCAUUGGAAACUGUGAAGUUUAAUUUCAGCAUUGAAUCCCUGUCUUUAGCCCUGUACAAUGACAAUCCUGAAGAGAAAGUCCCAGUCUGCCAGCAUCAGGAAGGUCUGAGCCUUGGGGAAUUCACUUUGCAUCUAAUAAAGGCCUCAGGGAAAAUGCUCAGUACUGGUGAUUUAGAGGUCUCCACCUCUCUGACCUCCUGUACCCUCGAUGACAUGAGGGCAGGGGUAGAGCGUGUCACUUCAAGGAUGGUUGGCAGAAAGACAGAGGAUAGCGACGAUGUCAUGAUUGAAGUGACUUUUAAACAGAGCAACCUUGAGAGAUCGGUGGUGGCCGUGCUACAGAAGCUCUAUCUCUGCGCCAGCGUGGAGUUCCUCAUGGCAGUGGCUGAUUUUUUUAUCAAGGCCGUGCCCCAGAAUCCCCCUGCUUUGCCUGAGAAAUCCAACCAGCUGCAGCUGAAACAAGUCUCACUGCCCAAGACCAGCUCAGAGAAGGAGCCUUCUCUUCCCAGAAUGAGAAUCCAUGCUGUUGUCAUCGACCCGGAGGUGGUGUUUGUUGCUAAUCUCAUGAGGGCCGAUGCUCCGGCGCUUGUCGCCUCUUUCCAGUGUGACUUCACCCUGCUCUCUGAGGAGGACUCCCAGAUAAUGACGGCCAACGUGAAGGCCCUCAAAGUUCUCGCAUGUCCUUUCAUUCGAAACAAGGAAGACAAGGCGGUCACUACAGUAUUGCGACCAUGUUCAGUGUUCUUAGAAACAAAAAUGGAUCCAUCUGAGCCGCUCCAGGGGUCUGUCACUGUGGAGGAAGUGAUUAUUAAGAUCUCGCCCAUGAUUCUCAACACUGUCAUGACCAUCACGGCAGCCAUGACACUCAAACCCAAGGAAGAUACGCCCCAGGAGAAGACUGGAGAUGUCACCCAGCUCUGGGCUGUUCACAACAUUUACAGCUGCAAUUACUGGUUUCUAGGGGUGGACAGGGCCAGAGAGGCCACAGAAACCCUCAGUGAAAAGGACUACAGAGGCAAUGGGGAGACAUUUUCUGUCAAUGUCAAAGUGGUACAGGUGACCAUGGAGUCGGGCCUGGGUCACCGUACUGUGCCUCUGCUACUGGCAGAGAUGUCCCUCACAGGAAGUGCCAGGAACUGGUCAUCUCUGCUUUCCAUCGACGCAGACGUGACGCUGGAGGUAAAUUACUUCAAUGAAACCCAUGCUGUAUGGGAACCACUCAUUGAAAGAGUGGAAGAUGGUACACGUCGAUGGAACUUGACACUGAAGAUGAAGAACAAUCCCAUUCAGGAUAAAAGCCCUGUACCUGGGGAUGAUUUCAUUUCCCUCCCGGAACCACAGACUGCGAUCAGUAUCUGCUCAAAGGACACGCUGAAUGUAACCAUAUCCAAAUGCUGUCUCAAUGUAUUUACCAACCUAGCCAAGGCUUUCGCUGAAGGAACCACCUCCACGUUUGACUACUCCCUGAAAGAAAAGGCACCCUUCACCAUCCGAAACGCCUUAGGCAUCCCGCUGGUGGUACAGCACAGCUCGAACCUGCGAGUGCUGGGCCCCUCCACCCAGGGCAAGCUCCACGAGGUGGCGGUGGGGCAGAGCGUGGAGCUGGAGUACUCUGCCUCCGAGCCCCUUCACAGAGGAAAGCUGUCUGCCCUGCAGCGCCAGGAGAGCUGCCUCUUUAACCUGAGCAUGGUUCCCUCUGGCUACAGUGAAAUAGCAAAUGUUCCUGUGGACAAACCAGGGCGGCGACUCUUCAACGUGCGCGGCCCUAUGCUCCAGGAGGCUGUUUCAGUGCUGACACAGAUUGAUGCUGCCGACGGAAAUAAAGUUAUAACUGUUCGCUCACCUCUCCAGAUAAAGAACCACUUCUUCAUUCCAUUUUCCAUCUACAAGUAUUCACUGCAGAGCAAUUCAUUGGAGCUCGUCGGCGAAGCCGAGCCUGAGAAGGAAUGUCACGUGCCUUUGGAUUCAUACAGGUGCCAGCUGUUCCUCCAGCCUGCAGGGAGACUCAAGGGCCAGUACAAGGAGUCCACCACCUACAUUGCCUGGAAGGAAGAGGUGCACCGCAGCUCGGAGGUCUGCUCUGUGCUGCAGUGCCCGGCCAGCGACUGCAGCUUCCGACCCCUGGUGGUCAACACGGUGGCAGUGCCUGAUGAUCUGAGCUUCAUCAGCAGCCAUGGAGAGGAGGACUGGGACCCUGCCUACGUCAUCCACCUGCAUCCCUCCGUCACUAUUCGCAACCUGCUGCCCUAUUCCAUCCGCUUCCUGCUGGAGGGGACUGCAGAGACCCACGAGCUGCAGGAAGGCAACUCUGCCGAUGUGCUGAAUGCCAUGAUCAGAGGAGAGAUCAUGGAGCUGGUGCUGAUGAAGUAUCAGGGUCGCAACUGGAAUGGGCACGUGAAGAUCGAUCAGGGGAUGGCGGAGUUCUUCCCUGUGUGUUUCACUGCCGACUCCAUGGAGACCCUGACUCUGGACUUGAGCAUUCACAUGGCCCGUGUGAGUGGCCGCCUGGUCCUCUCCGUCUUCAGCCCCUACUGGAUCAUUAACAAGACAUCCAGAGUGCUCCAGUACCGUGCUGAGGAGAUCCAUGUCAAACACCCCUCUGACUUCAGGGAUGUCAUCCUUUUCUCUUUUAAAAAGAAGAACAUUUUCAGUAAGAACAAGAUUCAGCUCUGCAUUUCCACUAGUACAUGGUCCAGUGCCUUUUCCUUGGACACUGUAGGGAGUUAUGGAUGUGUUAAGUGUCCUGCAAGCAACAUGGAGUUUUUGAUUGGAGUGAGUAUCCAGAUGAGCAGUUUCAACCUGACUCGGAUAGUGACCAUGAGCCCCUUUUACACACUGGUCAACAAGUCAGCCUACGAACUGGAGGUGGGGGAAGUCCAGUUUGAUGACACUGUGAUGACGGGCAAGUGGCAUUACAUUGGAUCAACGGAGUGCCUUCCACUGUGGCCUGAAACUUCAACUGGCAAGCUGUGUGUCCGGAUUGUUGGCUCAAUUGCAUCGUCAAAGUCCUUCUUCUUCAAUAAGCAGGAUAAUGGCACACUGCUAAGGAUGGACGAAUGUGGAGGGCUCAUUGUGGAUGUGAAUAUCUCGGAACAUUCCACGGUCAUCAGUUUUGCUGACUACUAUGAAGGAGCGGCCCCAGCACUUGUUGUAAAUCACACUCCUUGGGUCACCAUCAAAUACAAACAAAGUGGUCUGUCUCAAGAGAGAGUGCUGAAACCAGGAGAGGUCCAGCACUUUGCCUGGGAUGAUCCAGCUGGUGUCAGGAAACUGAGCUGGAGCUGCCAGGAACAAACUGGAGAGCUGGACCUAGUGAAGGAUGAAUGUGGCCAGUUUGCCUAUGAUAGCCAGACUCAAAUUCACUGGGUGUCCUUCUUGGAUGGCCGUCAGAGAGUCCUGCUCUUCACUGAAGAUGUGGCUGUUGUCACUAAUGCACGUCAGGCAGAGGAAAUGGAGCAGUUUCAACAAGAGAUCAGCAUGUCACUUCAAAACCUAGGGCUGUCUCUCAUCAACAAUGACACCAGACAGGAAGUCUCCUAUAUUGGAAUUACCAGCUCUGGCGUAGUGUGGGAGAUGAAGCCAAAGAACCGAUGGAAAGCCUUCAAGCAAAAAAACAUUAACCUGUUAGAAAAAGCUUACCAGAAGCAUUUAUCUACAGGUAGUGAACCUGCAUGGAUUAAGAUAGACAAUUUAGAGGUGAACUUCAGCAGGGUGCCAAUGGUCAUGCGUCUUCCGUUUGCUUGCCACAUUAGACGGAACUUCCUGUCUGGAAUUCAGGUGGAGUUCAAGCAGUCGCCACACCAGAGGAGUCUUCGAGCUCAGCUGCACUGGCUCCAGGUGGACAACCAGCUCCCAGGCGCUAUAUUUCCAAUAGUAUUUCACCCUGUGUCUCCUCCCAAGUCAAUUGCCCUGGAUUCAGAACCUAAGCCCUUUAUUGAUGUCUGCAUCAUCACUAGGUUUAAUGAGCACAGCCAAGUAAUGCAAUUCAAGUACUUUAUGGCACUUGUGCAAGAAAUGGCAGUGAAGCUUGAUCAGGGAUUCCUGGGAGCAGUCGUAGCCCUUUUUACACCUGCCACAGACUCUCAGGCUGAUAAGCAAAAGACAAAGCUCAUCGAGAAGGAUCUUGAAGCCCUAAAAGCGGAGCUCAUGGAGACAUCAAUAACAGACACGUCAGGACUCAGCUUCUUUGAGCACUUCCACAUCUCUCCUAUUAAGCUGCACUUGAGUCUGUCCCUGGGCUCCAGUGGUGAGGAUUCUGACAAGCAGGACAUGGUUGCUAUUCAGUCCGUCAAUCUGUUACUGAAAAGUAUCGGGGCCACCCUGACAGAUGUUGAUGACAUCAUCUUUAAACUUGCCUUCUUUGAAGUGAAGUACCAGUUCUACAGAAAAGGGAAUUUAAUGUGGGCUGUGAUUAGGCAUUAUAGUGAACAAUUCCUGAAGCAGAUGUAUGUUCUGGUCCUGGGUCUGGAUGUUCUGGGGAACCCUUUCGGCCUCAUCAGGGGCCUCUCGGAGGGAGUGGAGGCCUUCUUCUAUGAGCCCUUCCAGGGUGCGGUUCAGGGACCAGAAGAAUUCGCAGAGGGGUUCGUAAUAGGAGUGCGGAGUCUUUUCAGCCACACUGUGGGAGGUGCAGCCGGGAUGGUUUCCCGAAUCACCGGAUCAGUUGGGAAAGGACUGGCGGCCAUCACCAUGGACAAAGAGUAUCAGCAGAAGCGCAGAGAGGAAAUGAACCGCCCGCCGAAGGACUUUGGAGAGAGCCUGGCCAAAGGAGGAAAAGGCUUCCUUAAGGGGGUUGUUGGUGGAGUGACGGGAAUCGUUACAAAACCUGUUGAAGGUGCGAAGAAGGAAGGCGCAGCUGGGUUCUUCAAGGGGAUUGGCAAAGGCCUGGUGGGAGUAGUAGCCCGGCCCACUGGUGGCAUCGUGGACAUGGCCAGCAGCACAUUCCAGGGAAUACAGAGGGUGGCAGAGGCAACUGAAGACGUCACUAAGUUGCGGCCCUCUCGCCUCAUUCGCGAAGAUGGAAUUAUUCGGCCUUACAACCUGGGGGACGCGCAAGGAUAUGACUUAUUCCAGAGAUCAGAGUUAAAACUGCCUGAUGGCGAGCUAUUCAGAGACCACUGUGUUUAUCCAGGAAGUAAGAAAACAAACAUCAUUGUGACCAACAGACGGGUGGUGUGUGUGAAGGAGAUGGACUUUGUGGGCCACUUCAGUAAAGAGUGGGAGUACCUGUUUGAAAAUUUCAGCCGCCCUCCUUGUGUAAAUGGAGGCGAACUGGAGAUCUACUGCAAGGAACAAAGAAUGAUGAAAAUCCAGAAGAAGGAUGGCCAGGAAAUAAUAAGAAAAGUGCAGCUCAAAAGCCCCAGUGUUGCCCAGAAACUUUGCAAUGCAAUCGAAGAUGCCCAGCUAUCCAGAAGGCAAACUCAGAUGGUAAAGCAGAAAUCCCAGAGAUUCCUGAAACUGAGCAGUCAGCAAUGAAUCGGGCUCUCCCCAGUACUGCCCCAUGCGGAUUUGCACUAAAUCAGUCCUGAUUGUUUGCACUUUUGUAUACCAACCUAAAUAAUCUUAAUUUCCACUUUAAUGCUCUGAACAAUGCUAAACUGACAUGGAUUGAUUGUAUGUUUCUUUUUUUUAUUUUACCUUUCCAUAACGCUGUCGUGUCUUUGUACGUUAGAAGUUUGCAAUACGUAAAUGGAUGUUUUUUUUAUAUUGCAGUUUAUAAUUCUAAAGCACAGAUGAGCCAUUCUUGUGAUUCUAGGCCUGUGCAUCUUUUGCUGUGCUGCUUUAGUAAAUCGGGGCUUUGCACAAGUAGUAAUAAGUAUGGAAAGAACAGUUCAACUAUGCUGGGAGUGCUGUUCGUGUAACUGGAGGAUGUACUACUUAGGAAUAAUACACACUCGUGCUUCUCCGGCAUCUCUCAAUUAAAUGUGUUCAAUAUGUGAAUCAUCAAUUGGAUAGGUAAAUGAGAGAUAAACUGUACCCCCACAAGUUUUGUAUUCCUUCAAUUUCUUUCCCUGUAACGGUGGACUAAUCUAACCACCAUUGCACCAAGGAAUUUAAUUUUAGAAGUCACUGGGUACACAUUGUUGUUUUAUUCUUCUGAAAAGAAGUGAUGUAAAACACCUUUGUACUGUAUGUGAUUAUACAUCAGGAGAGGAAGCCAGUCAUGAUUAAUGUAUUGGGCUUUCUGUGAUAAACAUGUUGUGUGCCUUAAUGACUUUCUGUUUACAUGAUAAAGGGUUUCUGGCAUGUAAUUGUUGUUACAAUGUUUUAGGUUAUCUGAAAGUUACUUUAAAGAUUUUGUUUUUAUGGGGGAAGUGAUGGCAUGGAAUACCAAUCAAGGAUGAUAAGAUCAACCAAAGAAAGGUUUAUUAAUUAAAGAACAAAUGUCUUUAAACUACA